GCUGCGGCUCCGGGGGGCGGCGGCGCAGCGAGACUGCAAGAAGAUUCCCAUUUGGCUUGCUGCAAAUUCCAAGGAAGGCACAACUGAAGGCACAUCUGCUGCCAUGGUGAAUGAGAAGCACAAUGGCAACCUGCUUGUGCAGCUGGGACCCAAACUGCAGGCCUACCCGGAGAAGCUGCUCCGGCAGCGUCGAGGCCACAACGGCCGGCCUGAAUACCUGAUCCAGUGGAGUGUGAUUAGCUUGGAAGAGAGAGCAGUGGGAGGCAGCAGUGCCUCCUGUGCAGAGACCAAGCCAGAGAACAUCUCGAUGUGGAUGUCUGCAGAAGAGGUCUGUGCCAGCUGCCCAGCACUGCUGGGCAAGAGUAAGCUGGAAGGGCCGUGGGUGAAAGAGGAGAAGGCACCAAGUCCGUUGGCUGCAGAUGUCCCGCUGGACGAAGCCUCGCUGCUGGAGAUGAAGGCUGAUGUCGGGAGCCUGGUGCAGCGAGCCAUGCGGCAGUUGGCCGAGGCCGGGACGCCCAAGUGCUCCAUCCUGAACACUGUGCACGUGCUGAGCGCCUACGCCGGCAUUGGCUCUCUGGCGGGUGCCUUCAGGGAGACGGGAGCCCUGGACGUGCUGAUGAAGAUGCUGUGCCACCGGGAGAAGCAGAUCCGCCACAGUGCCGGCAAGAUGCUGCGGACCCUGGCUUUGCAGGAUGCAGAGAGCCGGGCCUAUGUCCUGCUGUCCCUGAGCCAGCAGGAUGGCAUUGAGCAGCACAUGGACUUUGACAGUCGCUGCACCUUGCUGGAGCUGUUUGCUGAGAUAACAUCCUCUGAAGAGCAGUGCAUGUCCUUUGAGGGGAUUCACCUUCCACAGAUCCCUGGGAAGCUGCUGUUUGUCCUGGUGAAGCACUACCUGUGUGUCACUUCUCUCCUGGACAAGAUGAGCGGUGAUGUGGAGCAGGGAGAGGAGCAGCAGGGGUGCGCUGUACCCAGCCUGCUCCCUGAGGAGAGGAGCCGUGUGAAGCAGGAGUUUGAGUUCAGCAUGGCCAUGGCAAACCUCAUCUCGGAGCUGGUGCACGCGAUGGGCUGGAACCACAACCACAAGCCAGAGCUGUCGCCCCGACAGGAGCUCCGGCCUCGCACCACCCGCUCCAUCUUCCAGCAAAAGACUCCAGCCAGCACUGCUGUCCAAAUGCCUGUACUCAGUUCAAACCAUGGUCCCCACAAAAAGCAGGGCCGUACCUUCUUGACUCGGUCAGACUUCGCAGACAGCAGUGACUAUGUGGAGUACUUACAGGCAAACCUGGUGCGUGGCAUGAGGGUGCGCUUGCUGGAGGACUGUGGUGACGUUAGAGCUGGGGAGGAAGGCGAGUUUCUUCAGAGCACUAACAGCAUGCACACAGUACAGGUUUUAUGGCGGUCAACAGGUCGAAUCUACUGGAUGCGUUGGCAAAUAUUGGAGAUUAUUGGCUUUGGAGACUGGUGGGAAGAUCCUGCUGCUCAGGAAAAGGAAUAUAGUCCAAUAAAGAGCUUUAAUCUAGACACAGUUGCACAGCCAUUUUUGUGCAAGCCCUUGGGAGGUCUGUACUCCCUGCCUUACCUGGGGCAGCCGCCGACCAAGGCUGCAGAGGCCCUGAGCCGUGCCGAGUGGUGGGAGCUGCUCUUCUUUGUGAAGAAGCUGGAAGCACAGGAGCAGAAAGAGAUCACCUUUCUCAUCCAGCAUGACCAGGGAGAGCAGGUAUGGGCCAGUGCCUGCACUGGUGGGGUGCCUGUGGGUGCUGGUUUUGUGAGUGCAUGGCACCCUGGAAGCUGCUGGGGGUGUUACUGCUUCCUGAUGCCUCCCUCCCUCUGGCCAGUGUUGGGCAGCUCCAAAGGGGUGAGCGAGAGCGGCUCGCUGGCCGAGAUUGCAGCCAUGGUGGACAUGAUUGAGAGCAGCAGCUCAGCGGUGGGGCUGCGCUUAGCUGGGCUCAAGCAAAUCUUGAAGAUCCUGGAGGAGGAGCCCAAGUCCGAGCAGCAAGUUGGCACAGCCCAGGGCAGGCUGGGGACCGGGAGCGCUGGGGAGAAGCUGGUGCAAGUGGCGGUGGAGCUGUUGAGCACUGAGGUGGCAGAGAAGGCGCUGGUGGCGGUGACGCUGCGGCUGCUGGCCGUGCUGAUGGCGCAGCACGAGUGGCGUGUGCCGUUUGCCACAGAGGGUGGCGUGCGGGCCGUGCUGGCCUGCAUGCAGCAGCACAGCUCCUCCGCCCUGGUGCAGCAGGCUGGCCUGGCGGCCCUGAAGGUGCUGGUGGGAGCUGCAGAUGGUGAGCCAGGAGGUGGGAAGUCCUUGUCCUGGAACCAUGCUGACGUGCAGAUGAUGCGGGAGAUCUUUGCCAGCAUCGGCUCUGCCUCCAGCGAGGGCUCUGCCAGUCUGCUGAGUACUAUCCCUGCUGCCCUGAGCACUAUGCAGAGGGUCCCAGGGGGCUCCUCAGGAGUGCAGAACGGCUUGCUGGUGGUGAACAUGCUGAUGGAUGGGCACCGGGGCCUUGCGGAGCAGCUGGCGAGUUGCGACCUCCCGGCGGUGCUGCAGAGCUGCUGGAGGGAUGGGCAGAGCAGCGGCUGCCCUCAUGCGGUGCUGGCCCUCCGCGCCAUCAACUGCCUCGCAGAGCACGGGCUGCCCCUGGGCCUGGAGGCAGCAGGCAGAGAAGCCCCACUGGACCUGAAAGGUGUGCAGAUGCUUCUGGGCAGCCUGGAGGAUGGCGCUUUGUCCAAGGAGGUGGUGGUGGCCCUGGAACGGCAGCUCUGCGGUGAAGGCUCUGUCCCCUCUGGGCAGGUGGCCCAGCUGCUGCAGGACCACAGCUGCUUCAGGCUGCUGCUCCGCAGCUUGGAGCUGCUGGGGGUGGAGAAGGCUGUGAGCCUGAGCAUCCUCAGGAUCCUGAACAAGUUCCUGGACAGUUAUCAGGAGGAUGUGCUGCCCUGGCACGAGUGUGUGGAGCCCUGUGUGUCCUCCCUGAGCGCCCACAGCAGCAGCUGGGAGGUGCUGCAGGAGGUCGUUGGCUUCCUGCACCGCCUGGCCACUGCCAGCAAGGACUGUGUGGUGGUGAUGUGCCACGUGGGCACCCACGAGGCUCUGUCCAAAGCCCUGGAAAAGCACAGUGUGGCUCCGUCGCUGGCGCCAGCCCUGCUCAACCUGGUGACGGACUGUGAGAAGUACACCAGCCUCUACAAGAAGCUGAUGACCAGAAUCUUGGCUGGCUGCAUCCAGCUGGUCCUGGGGCAGAUUGAGGAGCACCGCCGGAGUCACCAGCCCAUCACCAUACCCUUCUUUGAUGUCUUCCUGCAAAACCUGUGCCGAGUGUCCAGCCUGGAGGUGAAGGAAGACAAGUGUUGGGAGAAGGUGCAGGUCUCCUCCAACCCACACCAGGCCAGCAAGCUCACGGACAGGAACCCCAAGACAUACUGGGAGUCAAAUGGCAGCACUGGCUCCCACUUCAUCACUGUGCACAUGCAGUGUGGUGUGGUGAUCAGGGAGAUGAGCAUGCUGGUGGCCAGUGAGGACUCCAGCUAUAUGCCAUCCCGCGUCGUGGUGCUGGGUGGGGACAGCCCUGCCACCAUCAGAACGGAGCUCAACACAGUUACCAUCCUGCCUUCAGACAGCAGAGUGAUCCUGCUGGAGAACAUGACCCGCUUCUGGCCCAUCAUCCAGAUCCGGGUGAAGCGGUGCCAGCAGGGUGGCAUUGACACACGUGUGCGUGGCAUCGAGGUGCUGGGUCCCAAGCCCACUUUCUGGCCCGUCUUCAAGGAGCAGCUGUGCCGGCGGACAUUUCUCUCCUGCACUGCUCAGGCUCAUGCCUGGGGCCAGGAGAUCUGCCGGGACCGGGGGCAACUGCUGCAACUCUUUGGCAGGAGCUGGCACAUGCUGACAUGGCAGAAGUCGGCCAGGCGCAGCAGGAUCUCAUGGCCACAGGCACUGCAGAGCCCCCCAGCUUGGCCCAAGGGCCAUUUCGAGCAGGUUCCAGGGGCAGCAAGGGGCCCUGGCUGGUGGGCGUCCUUCCUGACUGCCCUGCAUGUGAGUGAGCAGUUUGCCCGCUACCUUGAUGUGCAGAUCCAGGAGCUCCGCAGGGCAGCACAGGGCAGCACAGGGCCACUGGAGCGGCUGCAGCAGUUCUUGGAGCCCUUUGUCGUCUUCAGUGGCCUGGAGCUUGCCCACAGCUUUGAGCACUUCUACAGGCACUACCUGGGGGACCGGCUCCUGACGCAAGGGCCGUCUUGGCUGGAAGGAGGCAUCGUGGAGCAGAUUGGGCUGUGCUUCCCCAGCCGCUUUCCCCAAAAUAUGCUGAGCAACUUGGCUGAGUCAGAGGAGCUCCAGCGGCAGUUCUGCCUCUUCCAGCUGCAGGAGCAGGAUAAGCGGCUGCUGGAGCUGGACAUGGGCCUGGAUGAGGUGCUGGAGACAGCCUCGGUGGCAGAUGUGCCAGAGGUGAAGGUGCUGGCCCUGUCCCCGCGCUGCUGGCCUGUUUCCCCACUCUGUUACAUGGAUAACCCUGGGAGGUUUUUCUCGGCAACGCUGAGCUCCCCCCUGGAUGAGUUUGCUGACUUCUGCCAGCAGAGCCAGAGCCAGCUGGGCUGGGAGUGCACGAAGCCCCGGCGAUUGCAGUGGACGUGGCUGGGCCAUGCUGAGCUGCAGUUUGGAGACUGUGUCCUCCACGUGUCCACGCUACAGAUGUACAUCCUGCUGUGCUUCAACAGUGCUGAGGAGGUGGCUGUGGAGGCCCUGCUGCAGGCUACAGGGCUCCCUGCUGACCUGGUGCACCACGCGCUGACACCGCUGACCCACGGCCAGGGCGUCCUGGUGCGGAGCUGCACACUGGGAGGUGCACUGCAGCUGAACCAGGUAGCCCUGGCCCAGGCCUCUGGCCACCACCUGAGGCUGCUGCCUCAGCAGAGGUACCUGCGGACAGAGAGGGCCGAGGUGAGCGCCCUGGAAAGGAAGAGGAACGUCCUCUGCUGCCUCAUCACCCGCAUCCUCAAGGUGGAGAAGCAGCUCCACGUCGACAACCUGGUGUUCAGGGUGAUUGAUGCCUGUCAAAAGGGUGAACUGGGGCCAGGUGUGCAGUUUCUGAGCUUCUGCUGCCACAGCGUGGACGUGCUGUCCUGUGUCCUGUACCUGUUGAACCAGGGCUAUCUCCGGCGCCAGGAGGGGAGGCCUCAUGUCUUGGAAUACAUCUCUGCUGAACCUAUGACACCUCUUGGGGGCCAGGCACAGAUGACUUUCCAGUGCAGGCCACCACAGGCAUCUCCAGAUGAGGACAGCAUAGACAGCCUGCAUUGGUUGAAUUCUGGCAUAGGCAGGGCAGAAGAAUAUCUUAUGGCAAUGCUGCAGGUGCCAAUGGGGCACACGCUUAGUCCAGAGGAGGCAAAGCUGCUCAUGAACCAGACAGUACAGCAGGUCCAGGACACUCUGAGCAUAUCGGAUGACGUUGCUCGGCACCUCCUCAUGCACUGUCGGUGGAAUGUGGAUUUCCUGAUCCAGUGCUAUGUGGAGAACCGUGAUGCUCUGCUCAUCUCCUCGGGGCUGCAAGUGCAGGAUGUCCAGCCUCCUCCGAGCCCUGGAACCCACUGCCCAGUCUGUGUGAACCAGCUGUGUCCCACUGAGAAGCCACCAACCCUCUGCUGCAUGCACUACUGCUGCAAGCCCUGUUGGAGUGAAUAUCUCAUGACUCGCAUUGAACAGAACAUGGUUGUCAACUGCACCUGUCCCAUAUCCGAGUGCUGUGCACAGCCAACCACAGCCUUCAUUUACUCCAUUGUGUCCUCUGAGGAGAUCAUAGCGAAGUAUGAAAAAGCCCUCCUCAGACGCUAUGUUGAGUGUUGCUCCAACCUGACAUGGUGCACCAACCCUCAGGGCUGUGAUCAGAUCCUCCUUAAGGAUGGACUUGGUUAUGGAGCAGCCUGUUCCAAGUGCUCCUGGAUAUCCUGCUUCAACUGCAACUUCCCAGAGGCCCAUUAUCCUGCCAGCUGCAGCCACAUGUCUCAGUGGGUAGAUGAUGAUGGAUACUAUGAAGGAAUGACAAGUGAAGCCCAAAGCAAACAUCUGGCUAAGCUCAUUUCGAAGCACUGCCCAAACUGCCAGGCUCAGAUAGAGAAAAAUGAGGGUUGCCUGCAUAUGACAUGUGCAAAGUGUAGUCAUGGCUUCUGUUGGCGUUGCCUCAAGCCCUGGAGACCGAAUCAUAAGGAUUAUUACAACUGCUCUGCUAUGGUUAGUAAAGCAGCUUGGCAGGAGAAGCGUUUUCAGGAUUACAAUGAGAGAUGCACCUUUCAUCAUCACGCAAGGGAAUUUGCCACGAGUCUGAGGAACAGUAUUUCUUCCAUCAGAGAGAUGCCAAAAAUUAGGAACUUGACCUUUGUUCUUGAUGCCUGCAAAGUGCUAGAACAGGCACGAAAGGUGCUGGCUUACUCCUGUGUGUACAGCUACUAUAACCAGGACACUGAGAGCAUGGAUAUUGUGGAACAGCAGGCUGAGAGCCUAGAGCUGCUCACUAAUGCUCUGCAGAUCCUUCUGGAGGAGACCCUGCUGCAGUACCAGGACCUGGCCUCCUCUCUUCAGCUUCUGAAAGCAGAGCAUUUCAGUGCUGGUUUGGAGUUGGUACGCCAGAUCAAGGAGCGUCUCUUUGCAAUUCUCUGGCACUCCACACAGGAUUUCCAUGUUGGGCUCCAGUCUUCAGGAGAUCCUGGUCAGAGAAAGUUGAAACUCGCAAAUGUGCCUACUUCAGCCCUUGCCUAUACAGGGCAAAAACGUACCAUCUUGUGUGACUCCCCCAACACAGAUGAAGGUGGCAAAGAGGUUGAAGAUGAGGAGUAUGAUCCACAGUGGCAGGAAGACUAUGAUGACGAUGAUGACCUUGAUGAAGACAACUUUCUGAUUGAUAAUGAAUCAGAUUGUGAUUCCUACUUUGAUGAUGAUGAUAGCUAUCAUAGCUAGAAGACACCAUAGAAGUGGUCUGCCACCCAGCCUGCCAGCCUGGACCUCUGCCUCUACUCUGUUUCAACCAGUUUGUGUUAGUGUUUUUCCUCAAAGGCAGGGAGGAGCUCUCAAGCGGAACAAAGCAUUUCCUCUGGGAGGCUAAUUGCUCAGUGACUCUUCUUUAAUAUGCAAAACCAUUGCUCUGGGCAGCUAGUCUGUGUUCCUGUGGCCACGUCUCUCAGAAAGAUAUCUCCUUGCCUUUUUUCCUUGUCUUCAGUUCUGCCUAUAGGUAUUUGAGUUAGAAAGUCACAGUCCACCUGCAAAGUUAGGACUACUUGCCACCUGUUAAAGGGCUGCUCAUUGUCCUUAGAUGUGCUCUUCCCAAGGUCUGAGCACAGGUGAGUGUGGCAUGUAUCCUAGCAUGGCACUGUUUAGAAAUGGCCAGUGUCUAGAAAUGCUGUAGAGUGAUGCAUUUACACUCAAGUCAAAGCCUUGCAUCUGGAGCUGGUGGGAUUCCCUCCAGAGCCACAGAUGGAUGUGGUUCAGUUCCUCUAGUUGAGAGGGGCAGCAUUUUUGCUGUUGGAGUUUUCUUCUCUGCUGUGAAGCAGGAAGGGCUACGAGUGACACAAGUUUGCAGGACUGUUUAAGUGUAUAAACAUAUGUUAUAUAUAUAUAUAUAUAUGCAGAGAUUGUUCAGAUAAUACUUUAUCUUUGCAAAAAAAAAAA